AUGGCUUCGGAGGAGCAGCAGCAAAAGAAGCGAGCCCAGAAGCAGCUGCCUCCGGGGGUCUCCGUCGCCCCCGAUCCUGCGCUAAAUCCCUUCGAGAGGAACCUCCUGCGGAAUCCCAACCCCGAAGGUGUGAAUAUUUCUGAGCCAGCGCCCCCCCUGAUGCUUCCCAGGGCAGCCUGGAACCCUCUGGACCCCAAAGGUAUUUUCAAAGGCUGGCAAGUCAGCAUCGAACCCUUGGAGGCAGACAAGGCAGAGGUCGCCCCAAAGUCUGUCUUGCCACGCUAUAGCUGGUGCGUCAAGCAGCAACACGUAGACUUGGUGGCCGAAGGAUUCUGGGAGGAGCUACUGGAUUCAUACCAGCCAAACAUCACCAUCAUGGACUGGUACGAAAACAGCAAACUGGCCGACUCUGUUUAUGAACUCCACGUCCGGCUCCUGGGAGCUAACGGGGCCACGGUGUUGGGUGAAUUUCACCACGUGGCGCACGAAGGCGAGCAGGACGGGAAGGGAAACAAGAAUUGGCAUCACGUCUCCCACGUAUUCCAGGGCUACGGAGCAGGACUGCGCCACGUCCACUUCCUCCACAAGGCCAAAGAGGUGGAGACGGCGGCAGGAUUCCUCCGGACGAGAGUGACGGACAGCAGUGUCUCUGCCCAGCUGCGGGACUGAUGGCGCUUGGGGGAGUGGUGGGGUGGUCAGGCCGUGU